AUGAACGCAUUGAAUGGAUGCAUAGCAGGCCUAGCCGAUCGGCAAUCUUCAGGAGAGGUAGCGACCGGCCGAAUCGGGUCAAAUUACGAUUCGAAUUCUCAGUCCACGGGUGGCACUUACACCUGUAAGUCUGUUCCAUUCGCGGGGCGAACUUCAGUCCUCAAGUCGGAGGAGACAAUUUCUAAACUUCCCAUCAAUAGUGCAGCCAUGCACCCGCGUCACAUUCCUGCCAUCGUUAAAGAGCGUCGGCCACAUGAGGUCAGCCAAGAGGUGAUGCUCUAUUUCUGCGAACUGACUGAGGCUUGUGUAGGCGCUAGUGAAAGCCGGCGUCACGAAGCCUUAGAAAAUGCCGCUGUUGACACCGGUCUACAGCCAAUUUUACCACACCUCGUCAUUUUUAUUACUGAAGGAGUAAGUUAUUAG